AAGGAAGCACAUGUGGAAAGGAAAGCAGAAGUCUGGCAACAAGCUGGAGGCUGCAGAUGUGGAAGGUGCACAGGAAGCAAUCAACAGGACUCCAAGAAGACCAAAGGUAUGUGACCCUGUUCCUGGGCUGGAGGCAGAUUCUGAGCACACAGCUGGAUAUUGUAUAAACUUCUUGUAACAGCUUCUCUGAGGAAGAUCAGUGAGUCUGUUGGGACCAAGAAGUGAGGAAAAGCCAUCAAGCCUUACAGCAAAGAUAUCUGUACACUGCUUACCUGUACCCUAACAAAAAAGAGGAAUGGCCUGUAACAGAAACUGUGGGCUCAUCACUGGGGCCAUCAUUGGUGGCGUGCUGGCUAUCUUCGGAGGAGUUCUAAUACCAGUUGGAAAUAAUCUUAUAGGCAAAGCAGUACAAAAGGACGCUGUCAUUGUCAAUGGUACCACUGCAUUUCAAAAUUGGCUUGUGCCAGGAAGCUCCGUUUACAGGGAAUUUUGGAUUUUCCAUGUGUUAAAUCCUUCAGAGGUUAUGGACGAGGGGGCUCAACCAAAAUUUGAACAACGAGGACCUUACACAUACAGGGUGCGAUAUUUACCCAAAGAAAAUGUCACAGAAGGUGAGAAUGGCACAAUAUCCUACAUGUUGCCUAACGCUGCUAGUUUUGAACCUAAUAUGUCUAUUGGGACAGAAAAUGACACAGUGACCGUCCUCAACCUCGCUGUUGUAGCUGUACCUGCUGUGUUCCCAAGCGGUUUAAUGCAAUCAAUAAUAAACACUUGGGUUAAAUCUUCCAACUCAGCCAUUCUUCAGAACAGAACAGUCAAAGAAAUACUGUGGGGAUACACAGAUCCCUUCCUAGACAAGGUCCCAUUCCCCACUGUGAACCCAGUUGUGGGAGUCUUCUACCCGUAUAAUGGGACAAGCGAUGGGCCUUACACUGUGUAUACUGGGACAGAAGAUAUUACACAAACAGCAGUAAUUCAAAGCUAUAAAAAUAAAAGGACUCUUUCUUACUGGAAAGGUCACUGUGAUAUGGUUAAUGGCACAGAUGGAGCAUCCUUCCCACCAUUUGUUAAGAAGCAUCAGGUGCUACGCUUCUUCUCCUCCGAUAUUUGCAGAUCAAUCUAUGGAGUUUUCUAUGGCAAGCAGGUUGUGAAGGGAAUCACGCUCUAUCGCUUUGUGGUUCCUCGUGAAGCAUUCGCAUCGCCAGCUGAAGUCGAAGACAAUUACUGCUUCUGUACAGAUACAACAAUAUCAGAGAACUGCACGUUAGCUGGAGUCCUGGACAUCAGUGCCUGCAAAGCAAAAAGACCGGUGUAUAUCUCUCUUCCUCAUUUUCUUCAUGCGAGUGAAUCUAUACUGAAUAACGUGGAAGGCCUGAGUCCAAAUGAAAAGGAGCAUGAGACAUAUCUAGACAUAGAGCCUGUGACUGGUUUUACACUACGAUUUGCAAAAAGGCUGCAAGUAAACCUCCUUGUGCAACAUUCAAAAUACAUUGAGCCUUUAAAAAAAGUUAAAAAAUCCUAUGUGUUCCCUCUUCUUUGGCUAAAUGAGUCUGCUGUUAUUGGGGAUGAGAAGGCAGAAAUGUUCAGAACCAAAAUCUCCAGUCGGCUCGAGCUGCUGAACAUGCUGCAGAUGGGAUUGUUAAUCGGAGGCUGUGUCAUGUUCCUGGCCUUCAUUGGGUCCUACUUCAUAUGCAGGUCACAGAAAUUGAAAUAAGUGAAAAGACUUCAGAGGCAGACAAUGUUUAAUUGAAAUUUCAGCUAAGCAGCUUGUUAAAAUUCAGAGACAAAAGGUAUGAUUCAAGGCACAGUCAAUCCAUGUGCUGUGGAACUCAACAUGUUUUUCCAUUUUGAGAAGACCAGCUUACUAACCCAACUAAGCUGGUGUUUUUCAAGAUCCACACUUCUGACAUCUCUAAAGAGGCCGCUGUGGAAACUACGCUAUCAAAAGACUUUAUUUGAAACUUGUUAUACAUUUUAAAUUGCAUUCAAGCAGACUGAAGUUGAGGUGCAGUUGGAUUUUAGUCCACCUUCUGCCAUUUAUGCAACUUGCUACUCAUUUUCUUCUGGAUUUGCAAGAAAAAUGAAAGCUGCUUGCUGAUGCUCGUCUCUGAGCACAGGCUGGGAAUGACAACAAUUUGGAACUCAUGCUGUGCUCUAGAUGCUCUUAUUGCAAUACUUCUCUCUGUUCCUUCAAGGAAUGGAAGCUGCUGCAAUAGAACUGCUCUCUGUCCUCUAUUCAGGGAUGUGAAUUGCAUUGAAUGUGAAGUUUAUUAUAUAAAGUUACUAACUGUAAUAUAUGAAGUUUAUAAAAGACUUACUAAAAUAUGUGGUUCAUACAUUUUAUAUUUUUAUAUGGAGAUGGCUCAUAGAUAGACCACAGUCAUCCACAUGUUGAUGGAGCUCGUUGACAUUUGGCUCCACAGCUUUUUAUUAAUCAGAACCACUCCCUAACUCCCAACCUGCUCCACUGCUCUUCCUGUUGCCUCCUGUGAGCUUUUUUUUCUGGCUCUUGUUUGAACACCAGCCUCUGCUCUGCCCUAAGCCCACUUGGCCCAAGGCCUCCCUUGGAGAAUGAUCUAAUAUGUAACCUGACAGGACAAGAGAAAAUAUUCCAAAAUGCUUCAGAGACAGGAAAGACCAAGAUAAUGAUUUUGAUCAAACAUCAGAGAAUUCCACUUGCUAUAGAAGCACAUAAAUGAAAAGAGGUAGCCCAAAUUACUUACUGAUAAACCAUCUGCCACAAGGAAAUUUGUGCAACCAUUUGUUUAAUGAGGUCCAUCAGCCUGUAGCAAACACUGACAUCUCCAUAAAUAGUUGAGUUUAUCAUUUGAUCUGAAUGCUGUAUUUUAUUCUAGAGUAAAUGGGGCAAAUAGUGUUGCAGGGUCUCUUAUUUUUCCAUGGAUUCAAUAAAUUCAGAACAAGAGCCUAAGUUCAGUAUUUUCUAAGAUUUCUUUUUAGAUCUUUUAUUCCCUUAUUUAAGAGCUGCAAAGAAAAAGGGAAAUCAAACAUGGCCAGCCUGUUUGUAAACAAUACUAUAAUGGACUUUAAACCAGAAAGGUUUAUCUUGCUAAUAAAGGACAAUGUCUCUGCCUGGGUAUCUUUAGCAAGAUGUUCUUACCUUUGGAAAUAAAGGGAAAAUCCAACUGACUAUAA